AUGGGGGGGGGGGGAGUGGGGUGUGCGGAGGGGGCGGAGGAGGGGCGGGGGGGGGGGGGGGGGGGGGGCAGGUUGGGGGGGAGGGGGAGGGGACGGAGGGGGUGUGAGGGGGGGCGGGGUGGGAGGGGGGAGGGGGGGGGGGGGAGGGGGCGAGGGGGGAAAAGGGGGGGAGAGGAGGGAGGCGGGGACCGGGGGGAGGGGGGGGGGGGGGGUAAAGUGUGGUGGCGGAAAUGGAGAGGGGGGAGGGUCGGAGGGGAAGGAGGGGGGACGGGGUGGGGGGGUGGGGGGGGGAGGGAGGAAGGGUUGGAGGGGCGGGGGGGGGGGAGGAGAUGGGAGGCCGGGAGAGGGGCGGAGGGGAGGGGGAAAGGAGGGGGGGGCGGGGGGCGGGGGGAGUAG